AUGCUUCAUCGUGCAGUGGAGGAGAUCUCAACGGGAUCCGACUCGGAUUACUCCAGCUCGGCAUGUCCCAAUUGGAUAUCUUGGUUUUUAUCCUCCAAGGGUAACGAGUACUUCUGCGAAGUGGAUGAAGACUUCAUUCUGGACCGAUUCAACCUGACUGGGCUGAACAACGAGAUCGUCAACUACCCUCAGGCUUUAGACCUUAUCACUGACAAUCUUGAUGAUGACAUUCAAGACGACUUCCGCGCCUCACUUGAUGUUCAAGCUAGACUUUUGUACGGCCUCAUACACGCUAGAUGGAUCGUUACGACACGAGGCCUAGCCAAAAUGCUCGAAAAGUACAAACGCAUCGAAUUCGGACGAUGUCCACGUGUUCUCUGCCAACAGCAACCUCUUCUUCCCGUAGGUUUAACCGAUGUUCCGUACGAAAAGUCCGUCAAGCUAUAUUGUGGACGUUGUGAAGAUAUAUACUCACCCAAGUCGUCCCGACAUGGAUCUAUUGAUGGUGCCUACUUUGGAACGACAUUUCCCCACCUCCUGUUCUUGGUAUACCCCACAUUAAUUCCUCCCAAGACUGGUCCACCAACAGAAGGCGCUACAAGCUCUCGUGAAGGUGUGGAUUCUUCGGGAAGACGAAGAAGGGGGGUUCGGGAAGAAGUGCAAGAAGUUGUUGCGAGUGACGGAGGAGAAGGCAUCAGCACUGCCAGUGUCGCGCUCAAAGCCGACAGGUAUAGGCCAAGAAUCUAUGGAUUCCAAGUGAACGAGAUUGCAAAAUUGCAGAGGUGGCAGGAAGCGGUUAGAGAUCGACAAGUAGCUCGGUUAGAGGCCCUAGAAGCUAGGAAUGAGGUAUAA